AUGGCACUCCAUCUCUGCAGUUUUCCUAUGCCUCAUUCGGAAUUAAAAUCUACACAAACUUCCCGUGGUAGACUAUCUGCAAAUUACCAGCCAACUACUUGGAAUUACAAUUUUCUGCAGUCUCUACGGACUAAUGAUGUGGAUGAAGAAUGCAAGGACAAGGCAAAGAAGCUGGAGGAGGAGGUGAGAAGUAUGAUGAACAAUGAGAAUGCAGAAUUAUUGAGCAUUCUUGAAUUGAUUGAUGACGUUCAGCGUCUAGGUUUAGGAUACCGGUUCCAUAAGGACAUAAAGAUAGCUCUUGGUAGAAUUAGUACGUCUUGGGAAGAAAAUGAUGAUGAUGCCAAAGCAGAAAACAAACUCCAUUCUACUUCUCUAAGAUUCAGGCUUCUUAGACAACAUGGUUUCCACAUUUCUCAAGAUAUUUUCAAGAUUUUCCUUGAUGAAGAAAGCAAUUACAUGGAAUACUUGGAGAAGGAUGUCAAAGGAUUGCUAAGUUUGUAUGAAGCUUCAUGUCUCGCCUUUGAAGGAGAAAAGCUCUUGGACGCGGCCAAAACCUUCUCGUUAACACAUCUCACCCAAUUAAAGAGAGAUAUUGAUCCAAUCCUAUUGGAUCUUGUUACUCAUGCUUUGGAACUUCCGUUGCAUCAUAGAAUGCAAAGGCUUGAAGCUCGGUGGUAUUUUGAAGUCUACAGUAAAAGGAAUGAACUAAAUUAUUCGCUACUUGAAUUUGCUAAGCUUGAUUUUAACAGGGUGCAAUCAAUAUACAAAAAAGAUCUUAAAGAUAUGUCAAGGUGGUGGAAAGAAAUUGAUCUAGCAAACAAGUUGACAUUUGCUAGGGAUAGGUUGAUGGAAUGUUUUUUAGGGACGGUUGGAAUGAUCUCAGAUCCACAAUUUAGUAAUUGUCGUAAGGGACUAACGAAAGUAAAUUUAUUUAUAACGAUCAUUGACGACAUCUAUGAUUUAUAUGGUUCUUUGGAUGAAUUAGAACACUUUACUGAUGCAGUUGAAAGAUGGGAUAUCAAUUGUGUGAAUGAACUACCAGACUAUAUGAAAUUAUGUUUCUUGGCACUCUUCAAUAGUGUUAAUGAGAUCGGUUAUGACACCCUAAAAGAACAAGGAGUGAACAUUAUUCCAUCCCUUACGAAAGCGUGGCGAGACAUAUGCAAAGCAUUUUUGGAAGAAGCAAAAUGGAGUUACAACAAAUACACACCAACAUUUGAGGAAUAUCUAGACAAUGGAUGGCUAUCAAUAUCAGGGGCACUCAUGUUGGUUCAUUCCUACUUUUUAUUGGAUCAAGAUAUCACCGAAGAAGCACUUGACUCUUUAAAAAAGUAUAAUAAUCUGUUACGUUGGCCAUCCCUUAUUUUUCGACUUUGCAAUGAUUUAAGUACUUCAAAGGCUGAGGUAGAGAGAGGUGAAAUUGUAAAUUCAAUUUUCUGCUAUAUGCAAGAAACAAGUUUAUCGGAGGAAGUUGCUCGCGAAGAUAUAAAGAAGCUUAUUGAGAAAACAUGGAAACAAAUGAACAAGGAUUUGAGUGAAAAGCACCCAUUUUCUGAAGUUUUUAUGGCAACAACUUUUAAUCUUGCUCGGAUGGCCCGUUGCAUAUACCAACAUGGAGAUGGACUUGGAGCUCCAGAUGUUAGGUUUAAAAAAAUAGUUCAUUUAGUUAUAAUUGAUCCCAUUUAAAUCAUACACAAACAAGUAACACCAAAAUUAAUAAGUUGAAUGGAAACAAUAUUCACACCCAAAUAUUCAAGUACACCGACCUUGGGACAUUGUCUUGUUAUGAAACUCUUCUUUGUAUCGCUAU